CCGGUGCUGUUGUUCUGUUUGAAGAGUUUUGGGGGCGGUCGGUGCUUUGUUUUGUACUUUGGGGACUGUAAGCUACCACUAGCAGGCUAAUUUCACUCACCACCACCUGCAUGCCUGAGCUGAGGUUUAUUUUAAUAACAUAGCAUCGUUUUUUAUCCAGGUAGUGGUAGGCUAACAAGUUAGGUCCCAAAGUAGCCGAUGGAUGCGCGGGCAUCGGAGUUUGACUCAGGAAAUGGACACGGCUCUGGGUCUCAAUGUGUUGCGUCCAACGCCAAGCCGGGAAGUGGCUUUGGGGUAGCCCCCAAAAAAGCUUGUGUGAAGAACAAAAAGAUAGCCAAGGCGCGAUUCAUUCGCAACUUCAAACCAAGCAAUAACAUCCCAUAUCUACCUCCAGAGGCUGAAGAGGGAAACAUAGAGUACAAGCUGAAGCUGGUGAACCCCACGCAAUACCGCUUUGAGCACCUGGCCACACAAAUGAAAUGGCGACUGCAGGAGGGUCGAGGCGAGGCUGUCUAUCAAAUAGGUGUCGAGGACAAUGGAAUGCUGGUGGGACUUUUAGAGGAAGAUUUGAGGACAUCGCUGAGGACGCUCCAUAUGCUGGCAGAGAAGGUUGGCGCCGACAUCACUGUUCUCAGAGAAAGCGAUGUGGACUAUGACUCUGAUGUGUCUCGAAAGAUUGCUGAAGUUCUCAUUCGCAAAGUGCCGGAUGACCAGCAGUUCUUGGACCUGCGAGUAGCUGUACUGGGUAAUGUGGACUCGGGCAAGUCCACUCUGUUGGGGGUUUUGACACAGGGCGAGCUGGACAAUGGACGGGGAAGAACAAGGCUCAACCUCUUCAGACACCUACAUGAGAUCCAGACUGGACGCACUUCAAGCAUUAGCUUUGAGAUCCUUGGCUUCAAUACUAAAGGAGAGGUUGUGAAUUACAGCGAGUCCCGGACAGCGGAGGAGAUUUGUGAGAGGGCCUCUAAAAUGAUCACAUUCAUCGAUCUGGCGGGUCACCACAAGUACCUUAAGACCACCAUCUUUGGCCUCACCAGCUACUGCCCGGAUUUCGCUAUGCUGGUCGUCAGCGCAAAUACUGGCAUUGCUGGAACGACCCGGGAGCAUCUUGGACUCGCCAUGGCCCUGAAGGUGCCCAUCUUCAUCGUCAUCAGCAAGGUGGACCUCUGUACGUGCGCCACAGUGGAGCGCACUGUGCGGCAGUUGGAGCGUGUCCUGAAGCAGCCAGGCUGUAACAAGGUGCCCAUGGUGGUUAGCAGCACAGACGACGCCGUCGCAGCAGCGCAGCAGUUCGCCCAGUCACCCACCGUCACACCCAUCUUCACCUUGUCCAGUGUGUCUGGUGAGAGUCUAGACUUGCUCAAGGUCUUCUUCAACAUCAUCCCUCCCCUCAGCAACAGCAAGGAGCAGGAGGAGCUCAUGCAACAGCUAACUGAGUUUCAGGUGGAUGAGAUCUACACAGUGCCAGAGGUGGGGACUGUGGUGGGAGGUACUCUGUACAGUGGUAUUUGCCGUGAAGGGGAUGAUCUUGUAGUAGGGCCCACAGACUCGGGGCAAUUCCACAAGCUGACCAUCGGGAGCAUCCAAAGGAACCGCUCGGGAUGCAGGGUACUCAGGGCCGGCCAGGCUGCCACACUCGCCCUGGGAAACUUUGACCGCUCACUACUACGCAAGGGCAUGGUGAUGGUGAGUCCGGAGAUGGAUCCUACCAUCUGCUGGAUGUUUGAGGCUGAGAUCGUGCUGCUCUUCCACGCCAAGACCUUCCACAAGGGCUUCCAGGUUACUGUGCACAUUGGCAAUGUGAGACAGACCGCCACUGUGGAAGCUGUAUACGGCAAGGAGGAGCUGAGGACAGGGGAGAAAGCAGUGGUUCUCUUCAAGUUCAUCAAGCACCCAGAAUACCUGAAGGUAGGAGCUAAGGUGCUCUUCAGAGAGGGCGUGACUAAAGGUAUCGGCCAAGUCACCAAGUUGCAGCCCAUCGCCCAGUACCAGCUAUCCCAAAGCGAAUACGACGCCGCCUAAAGUUUCUUGGAGAAAAACCACAGAAAACACCGUCCCGCCCCAAAACCAGGUGCUUUAUAGACCUGCUUUCUCCGCAGGCCACUCUGUCCUGUUUCCUGCCUCAGAAGAUUGAUGUUUUAUCACACUUUUCCAAAGCCUUAUUGUCACCAUCCUCCUCAUUCGUCCCUACAGCCUUUUUAAAUGACUUAUAUUACUUAUAAUACUUGUGUUGCGGUCUAAAGAGUGUUGAGAGCUUUUUACGGCACUGAUAAGAGGAAGCUCCUCAGCCACCUCUAUAACACUCACCGAGCAACAUCCACCAAAGUCAUAUCGAGUGUCAAGAACACACACUUGCAAGUGGCAACUAGGAAAUUGCUUGCACACGGCUACGUUGAAGUGCUGCUUACAGUUCACACCCAAACACACUCCUAACACACACUUUGAACAAGAUGCACACACACUCGAUGUCACAGCAUCUUGUCUUGGUGACCACUGACCAGCAUAGUGCCUAACUGGGAAGGAUAAGCCUCGCUGUAUUUUAAUAAGCUACCCUUUUCUCAGUAACCACAAAUUAAUUAUGUGAGAGAAUAGUAAGUUGUGGUUCCCAGACACAGCUCGUCGGUUGUAUAUAUGCUAAACCACCUCGCUUCAAGCUAUUAUAUAGCUGACAGGCGCACAUUAUGAACGAAAAGGAGAAUAUUGCGACGUAUGCAAAGUUAGAACUUGACCGAGUUUGUGCGUCAGCCUGCCAAGAUAACUCGCACGUGGUCUUAUGUCAUGUUACAAAUGUUUUUUCUAUUCACGAAUGAUGCCUCACAAUAGUGCGGUGAGAUGGUAAUGAUCUCGCCGCCUGUCUGCUCAAGUGCUUUAGUUACUCAGGUCACUUUAGAUAUCUUGGUAGACGGCAUUCCUCUCUCACAGAGCUACUCCAGUGCAGCUUUCUGUUGCUGACUUUGGGAGUGAAGGAGGUUUUGAGGUUAAAAAAAAUAAAUAAAGGCAAUGGUGUUUCUCCCAAAGAGAUGUUUGAUUAUAUAGUAUGUGAAGCCACUUACUGAUGCAGCUUUCUUUUAAAGAAAUUAUUUUUGAGGAACUCUGCUGUUACUGAUGUCACCAAAUGUGAUGGGGUUUUAACUCAGUGCCUAAUGGAACUACCGUCUGAGUAGCCAACCAUUAUACCCCAAAGUUUUACUACUUACGUUGCUGGGUGCUAUUCCUUGAAACCGCUUUGGAUAUUUAGACGACGAAUUUGAAAAUGAAUGUUAAUUGCUACUCUGUGUUCCUGCCUUAUUAUAUAUAUAUAUAGCCUGUUGAUAUGACUGAUACAUCAUUUGUUGUCCCACGAACAUCAGUGAGAGGACAACUCAAAUGUGCGGCAUGUUUUGUUGCCCCCGUGUUGUUGUUAUGCACAGUUUGUGUGCACUCAGAGGAAAACUAAGAACGCAUUUCAACCAAAACUUUUACAGCCUUGAUGAAAACUAUCGGAUGUUAGGUUGUUUUUUUGCAUCUGAGAAGUAUUUUAUAGACUUUUUAGUAGUUCCAGAUUUUACAAUUUAUUCAAACAUGUUUUUCACUGUUCUCACUGUUCCUCUUAAUGACACUAACACGCUUUCACAUUUUUGAAGUCACGUUUGAGACCGUUUCUUUUUAAAAGGUGUAAUAUUUUGAUCGUUAUUUGGGUGAAAUGCAAUCUUUAUGUACAGAUCUAAUUUGUGUAUCAUGUUGUACAUGAAUUAAAGUUUUAUUUUAUCUUUAGCAGGUGUUGUCUUUAAAGUAAAAAAAAUUGCUCAAGGUUUUCAACCAUGUCAUCAUACACCCAGCGUUUGGUCUGCUGGCUCAGAUGUCACAAAGCCAUGACUCACUACACACAAUGGAGUUGGGUGUUAUUUCAUUUUCCCCAUACUGUCAUCCAAAUCAGCUCCCCAGCUGAUGCAAGACCAUGUAAUUACAAUUUCUCCAUUCAGAACAAUGGUUUCACCAUGGUAGCAAAGUGUAAACGAAAUACGAUCAUCCUCGUAAUGGUGCAAUUGCUCUCAUCCUGCUAACAAUCAUGUAUUUCAAGUUUUUUUUUAAUAUGUACUCUCGUCUCACAAGAGACAAACGUUUUCUGUAACUCUUAAGAGAAGAAAACUCAAUAUUGACUCAAGUGAGGAUUGCUGCUCUAUAUUCAACAUAUUAGUGGCAUCUGCUGACACAUUAGAAUACUACAACCUAAUGUAUACUACUACAAAAUGUAAAAAGUAUCUUUAAUAGACGCUGGUUUGCACUGUAUUUUGUACACUUUUAUAAAGCACAGUAACAUUGAUCAUUUAAAACAAGCCCUGUUACAAAACGGCUCCAUUCCUUCACCAACGCAUUCACUUAGUCUGUGAUAUACUGUAUAUGCAUUAUCAGUAGAAUGUAUUUUAUUCUACAGCACACCUUCAGUUCCUUUUAAAAAAAGAAUCCAGAGUGCCCGUGCUUCCACCUUGGGAGCGAUGCCUUUUCGGUUGAGACCUCGACUGGCCUCUGGAUUUUCUCUUUCCGCGUGAGGACUGGGCGCUGAGAGGAGUUAGAGAAACAUUGGAAGAAGAAGAAGAGACAGUGGAGGAAGAGGAGGAGAUGGGUGCUGAACCUGUGGAUGAAGAGAGUGAGUUCUGGAGGUCCAGGGCAAAGUGAUAGUCAUUGUGUUCAGGCAUUUCCCAGACUAACACUUCCUGGCCACAGUGUUGACAGUUUAACAGGUCUUCUCUGGCCACGCUAGAAGGAUGGCGAUGUAUUUCUGGAUCAAUGCCCAGUUCAUCCCUUAACUCUUCACAUAGUGACUGCUGAGAUGGGCUACGUUUGGCCUGUAGCUCCGACACAGCAGCAACAGUGUCUUCUAUAUCGCCAGGCUCAUGUCCUAUUUCAGGCUUGUUUAAUGUUGAGUCCUGUGAGCUUCUUUCAAUACUCUUCUUGUGGAAGAAAGAGGAAAUGUCAGAAUGGGGGCUGGCUGUACCACUUUUAGAGUGAGAAAUACGUGUAAGUGAAGAAGAAGCGGGGCAAUUGGUCUCUGCCUCCAACUGACUAUCGGUAAUAGAGGUUUUCUGAGAGGAGGAAGACGGGGGAAUCCCCGUGGAGCCAAUAUCGUAGUCAUCCUCAUCUCCAUCUUUUGUAACCUUCCGUCUUUGUUUCUCAGCUGUCUUUUGAAAGAAGGACUGGAUGGUGCCAGGCUGUUGCAUGCAUGCGGAGUCAUUUUUCAGUUCAGAGCGUGGCUGGGUGGAGGGCUGGGUGGUGGAGAAAAGACUCUGGGUUGAAGUGACAUCACUGGAAAGAAAGCCAACAAUGCCCCCUGCUGACGGAUUGUCACUGAAUUUGCUAGCUGAAAGGUGCAGCAGGGUGAGGGGUGGAGUCCUGGGGACAUGAAGCAAGACGGAGCAUAAUCAGUCACAUGGCCUUCUCCUGACCUGACUUUAAAGUAUGUCAGUCUUAUUACACUCUAAUUACCAUGCUGCCUGGUGGUUUCCUGCUGUGUUGAGACUCUUGAUAAUGGCAAAGCUGUCGUCGGACAGUUUGGUCGCUUCGUAGCGCACUAAAGCACAACAGCGAGAGAAGCCGCUCGGCCUCUUGUCCCCAAGCUGACGGACACCAACCGUCAACGACUUCGCCACUCGACCAUUCUGUAAGAUGAGGAGGAAUGAUGGGCACUGAUGUGAAACAGUUACAUGUACCGUUUAUAACAUCAACGGGAAAUCCAGUUGAGGAAAUAGGUCGUGCUGUUGUAAUAAGGGAAAGUAAUAAAUUACUCAAUCACAAAUAGCUCACCACUUCUCUGUCCUUGAUAAGCCUCUCCUCCAGCUCAAGGGCCAGUUGAUGAAGCCAAUACUGAACCUACACAGAGGUUAUGAAAGCAAGUCAUACAUGAGAAUUAUGUAGAAGAUUGCAUAUUUGUCAACAAUAUUACAAGAACGUGUUU